AAAUCAUAUGACAUACAAAUAGUUUUAUUUAUUUUCUCCACAGUUUUGCAGUUUAGACGUUGGAUCAUUAUUGUUUAAGUUAAUUUAGGAACGGUCACAAUAUAGUAAGAAAUCCAUGACAUACACACAUAAAAAAACAGUUCUUGUGGCUUUAGAGUAUUUAAAGUUGAGCAGAUGAAUGAUAAAACAAGUUGGAAAAAUUCCAUCUCACAAAAGAAGAAUGUCUUCAUUGACAGUGACUGCGAAGGGACAGAAUGUGAAAGAGAGAAUCUUCUUAGGGAUAUUUCAGAGCCGACAACAUUCUGUGCUAACUGUUGCUCCUCGGUUAAGCUCUCAGAUUGGCCGAAAUUUAAGAGAAGACACAGUUCACUUGCAUACCAGUCAGGUCUGAUAAAAAAAGUUCGAAAUCCAUACUUGGAAGAGUUGGAACUUAAACUUAUGAACGACGAGCUCAUUGAAAGGGAACUAUGUGACAAGCAGAUACACUCAAGACAACAAUUAGAAGAUAUUUCUGAUCUACUUAGGACGAUUUCUCUCUAUGUUCAAUCUCUUGAGACACGCUUAAAGCUAUCGAGGCGAAUUUAUCACCUUUUGGGUCGAGUUUUACCAGAUAACUCAGAAAUAGGUCACAAUAUAAAGGAAAAUUCAAGUGCAUCUAGCUUAAAAAGACGCAUUAAUGAAGCACUAACAGAAUGUGCCGAUGAAGCAGAGAUGCCUGAAGUGUAUUAUGAAGCAUUAUGUGAUUGUAACAACAAGUAUCGAGACUUUACAAGGGCAUCAGCAAAUUUCUGUAGAAUUUUACAAAAUCCGAGUACUGUCACAAAUAGCCAAUUGAGGAAACUCGAAAAGCAGUACGAGAUUAUUAGAAGCGCUUAUAGUGAGAGUAAAGCCCUUUUUAAUAUCCAGAUGGAUCAGUUGAUCGAAUCGAAAGUAGCAUCAGUGGACAGAUGCUUGCAGACCCUGAUACCCUCCAUUUCUGAAACAAUAGAAAAUGAUAAAGAAAUAUUUAAUACAAUCAAUGAAUUGUCUUUAACCGAUAGGAUACUGAAAGCUACACCUGAUAAAAAAACAUCAAAUAGAUCCAUUAACAACAGAAUGUAUAGAAGAGUAUCUGAGGUAGAAAACUGUACCUGUACACAGUCAAAUGGUGAAAGUAAAUAUUAACGUAAAUUUACAAUGUAUUUGUGAAAUAUCAGCGCAAAUCAUCAUGAAUGUAUUAUUAACCAGAAAAUAAAUGAUUUAUGAAUGAAUAUGUAUGAUAAAAGACUAAGAAAUUGGAAUAAAUUAAACAUUUUUCCUAAA